AUGAUCGCGACUGGCGGCCUCCUGCGAAUCAACGCCCGGCGACAAGACUCACUGAGGUCCAAACCUCAGAAACCACACACACACAAGAAGAAGAGCAAAAAGAGAAGGAGUGAGGUGGUGGUGGUCAAGGGGAAGUUGAAGCUGUGCUCAGUCUCGGGUCUCGUGGCGGCGCUCGGUAUCCUGGUCCUGCUCGUUGGUGUGGUCAUGGCGGCUCUGGGCUACUGGCCUCGAGAUGGACUGUUCUUCAGGUCUCAGCCACAGGAGGGCGCUGCGAUGGCCUCAGUGUCAUCCAUCAGCUCCACACCUGCACCUGCUGGCACUCAGGGAGGAGAAAGGGGGGAGGAACGCCAAGGAGAAGAAGGAGAUGACAAAACUCUCAACGAGACAACCAGACGACCUUCACGAGGAUUUCUGGAGGAUUUUCUGGACAGGUAUCUGUACUCUGAUAGGCUGAAGGUCUUUGGUCCUCUCAUCAUGGGCAUUGGUAUCUUCCUGUUCAUCUGUGCAAACGCCGUCCUGCACGAGAACCGGGACAAGAAGACGAAGGUCAUAAACCUGCGGGACAUUUACUCCACUGUCAUCGACCUCCACAGCCUCCGCAGACCCAACAGCUCCACCUCCUGCUCCGCCCGCCGCUCCUCAACCAAUCCACUCAAUGGCCUCGUUAACUACAUCCAAUCAAAGAGCCUGGAGUCUAAACCCAGGACUGUCCCUCCCCCCGAGCUUCAGCCCACCCCUCCUCUCCACCUGCUGGACCUCCCUGCAGAAGGAGGAGCUCAGCUCAUUCACCUUACCCCUGCGCCGCCCCCGCCCUCCUGCCCCCCGCAGGAGGCACUCAGCUCGAGCUGGGAUGGGCCGGAGCUGGAGGGACGGAGGCGGAGCCUGCCGACCGGCAGCGUCAUCACAGGUUACAGCAAACUGACGCAUGGAGAGGACGAAUCAUUUGAGUCGACUGAGAUUACGUCAUCACAUGUGACAUCACAGGCCAGCAGGCUGAGGUCAGAGGAAGUGACAUCACAGAGGAAGUACUCGAACAGGGAGAAGCUGAGGAUUAUUUCACAGGUGGAUUCUGGUCUAAGGCAGGAGGAGGAGGGAUGA